AUGAGACUUUAAAUUUUGCCUAAUGAGGAUAAUGAUAAUACUUAUUAUAAUUCAAUAAUAUAAUCGAUAAUAUCAAAAUUGAAGUCCCACCAUUUAUAAAUUCAAAUUUGCUGCCUUAUAUUAAAGUCAUUUAAAAUUGGGUUUGGUUAAUAAAAAAAUUAUAUUUUUUAAUAAAUGAAAGACCAUAGCGAAGAAACAUAAUCUAUAAUUUAUUAAUGGAAGCGCAAAAGAAUUUACAAAAGAAAAGUAGCGACAUAAUUAAUAUCAUUCUCAGAUGAUUAAGAAUUGAGAAAUCAUAAAAAAUUACUCGCUUAGAAAAUACUUUCUAAUAUAAAGAAUAAAUUAUAUUGGAAUUGAACCUUAAUUAUGGUAGAGUGAAC